AUGAAAGAAGAGGAGGAGACAGCCAUGUCAACCAUGACUCCACACAAGCAUUUGGACGCCCACGAGAGGCCGCCGGAAGCCAUUCGCAACAUCUACAAAAAGUAUCAGAAGAUGAAAAGAGAAGCCCUUACUCUCGAUCGAGCCAUUGUAGACGGCCCAUCAGAAGCACCAUCGGAUGCCCUACGCGUGGUGCGGCGCUUCGACUUUGAAGAGCUACGGCCGACCUUCGACGCCUUCACUGGACCAAGCCGCCCCUCGGACCACGAGAACCUACAAGACACACUACCCGUCUAUGAACAUCCAGAUAUCCCUGGUCUUCAACUAAUACCCAAUCUCCUUCCUCCGUCUGUCCAAAUCACUCUCCUCGACCGUCUGCUGCACCGCGAUCUUUCCAACCCCACCCACAAAACCAACAUCCACACCCACUACAACAUUCCCUACCCUUCAUCCUCCAUGUCGUUCUUCUCCGUUCCUGCCUCCCCAGAGCAAACCUUUACUCCUCUUGACCCCCACCUGCACAAACCCCUCACGCUCGCCUCCUUCUUCCAAAAGAAACUCCGCUGGAUGACCCUCGGCGGUCAAUACGACUGGACCGCCAAAGCUUACCCCGCCGCCCCUCCGCCGCCCUUCCCCGCCGACAUCGCCGCUCUCCUCACCGACCUCUUCCCUGAAACCAAACCCGAAUCCGCGAUCCUGAAUUUCUACGCUCCCGGGGAUACGCUGAGCAUGCACCGCGACGUCGCCGAGUCCUGCGGCAAGGGCCUCGUCAGUAUCAGUCUGGGCUGCGAUGGGAUUUUUGUCAUUGGGGUUGAGGGGAAGGCGAAGGGGGAGUGUAGGACGGUGGUUGUGCGGCUGAGGUCGGGUGAUGCGGUUUACAUGAUUGGGGAGAGCAGGUUUGCGUGGCAUGGUGUGCCGCAGAUCGUGGCGGGCACGUGUCCGGAGUUUUUGAGGGACUGGCCUGCUGGGUCGAGGGAGAAAGGAGAAGAAGUGCAAGCCGACGAAGAUGGUACGGGAGGCGGUGAGGAUCCGUAUGAGCGGUGGAGAAGUUGGAUGGCGGGGAAGAGGAUCAAUCUGAAUGUGCGGCAGAUGUUUGAAUAA